GCAGGAGGAGGGAGAGGUGCACACAGGAAAACACCUGGACCAUGAAGGUGGCCCUGGCCUUCCUUCUCCCACUCGUGCUCGCGCUGGUGCCGGCGACCGGCGGGCAGCGACGGAAACCCCCGCGCAGACCCACCCGGCCGCCCGCGCCCUUCGAGGAGCCGGCCGAGCCCACCGAGCUGCCCCCUCCCCUCCCUCCGGGCCCUCCCUCCAUCUUCCCCGACUGCCCCCGGGAAUGCUACUGCCCUCCGGACUUCCCCUCGGCGCUGUACUGCGACAGCCGCAACCUGCGCACGGUGCCGGUGAUCCCGCCCCGCAUCCACUACCUGUACCUGCAGAACAACUUCAUCGCCGACCUGCCCGAGGAGUCCUUCCGCAACGCCACCGGCCUCAAAUGGGUCAACCUGGACAACAACCGCAUCCGCAAGGUGGACAGGAAGGUGCUGGAGAAGCUGGAAAACCUCAUCUUCCUCUACAUGGAGAGGAACCAGCUGAAGGAGGUGCCCGCCUUCCUGCCGCCCAACCUGGAGCAGCUGCGGCUCAGCAGGAACCAGAUCUCCAAGAUCCCCAGUGGUGUCUUCAACAAGCUGGAGAACCUCGUGCUGCUGGACCUGCACCACAACAAGCUGAGCGACGGCGUCUUCAACAAGAACACCUUCAAGGGGCUCAAGAACCUCAUGCAGCUCAACCUGGCCCACAACAUCCUGAGGAAGAUGCCCCCCGGCGUGCCCAGUGCCAUCCACCAGCUCUUCCUGGACAGGAACAACAUUGAGGACAUCCCCAGCGAUUAUUUCAAGGAGUUUCCCAACCUGGCCUUCAUCCGGCUCAACUACAACCAGAUCUCGGAUAAGGGGCUGCCCAAGAAUUCCUUCAACCUCACCAACCUGCUGGUGCUGCACCUGGCCCACAACAAGCUCACCAACGUGCCCUUCAUCAGCUCCAAGCUGGAGCACCUCUACCUGAACAACAACUCCAUCGAGAAAAUCAACGGCACGCAGAUCUGCCCCACCUCGCUCGUGUCCAUCCAGGAUUUCUCUCCCUCCGACCUGGACAGCGUCCCGCGGCUCCGCUACCUGCGGCUGGACGGGAACCUCCUGAAGCCGCCCAUCCCUCUGGACCUGAUGCUGUGUUUCCGCCUGCUGCAGUCCGUGGUGUUUUAGCCUCUCCCAGGCCCGGCUUUGCUCGGACAUUUCAUCCCCGGCGGCGUUUGACACGUGGGACCCUCUCUCCUCCCUCUCCCCCCUUUCCCUCCGCAUCCCUCUCCCCGCUGCUCCCUUUCCUCCCCUGCAGGGACAGCCUUGGGGACCGCUCUCUGCAGGACAGCGCCGUGUCCCGGCUGCCACCCCAGCUCCUGUCCUUGUCCCCGAGCCCCCGAGCCGGCUCCGUCCGUCCCUUGGCACCCAGCAGAGUUCUGGGCGCGUCGGGUUCGCUCUGGAUGGAGCUGCUGGAGGAGCUGGGCUUGGAGCGUGUCCCUGCUCCUGGGGAAUGAUUCCCGGUGGAUUUUGGAGGCUGGGCUGGCCUGGAGGGCGGGUGGGAUCCAUGGAAGUGGAGCGAAGAUGGGCGAUGUGGCCGUGCCAGGGGAUGAGGACACUCCUGUCACCUGGGCCCUUCUGGAGAGCUUUGGCUCCACAUUUCCCCGGAGGAGGAGGAUCUAAAUCCCUCCUGGAGCUGUGGAUUUGCCGGGAUGGAGCAGGGAGGGUGUCCUGCCCCUGGAUCCUGCGCCCUUCGUGGGCCGCACCUUCCCACACCCCCUGGGCAAGACCCGCCCCUUCCCGGCUUCAAAUCCCCCAUCCCAGCACCGAUCCAUGGGGUCACAGCCCCAUCCCAAAAUCCUGCACCUUUCCCUGUGAAAUCUGGGAUAUAGGGCCACAUCCACGGGGCCACAGCCCCAUCCCAGCAUCCUGAAUCCUUCCCUGUGAAAUCUGGGAUAUAGGGCCACAUCCACGGGGUCACAGCCCCAUCCCAGCAUCCUGAAUCCUUCCCUGUAAAAUUGGAGGAUGCAGGGACACAUCCACGGGGUCACAGCCCCAUCCCAAAAUCCUUCACUCUUCCCUCUGAGAUCUGAGGAUUCAGGACCACAUCCACGGCUCAGUUUCUCUCUGGAGCCAAUCACACAUGACUGGGUUUUGCCCUUUUUUUUUAUUUUUUAUUAGAAAUAAAAGGAAGGGGAAAGAAAAGGGAAGAAUUAUCCUUUGGAAGAGCUAUUUUUAUCCCUUCUCUUCCUCGUCCUCACAUGUAUCGCUUCCCCCUUCCAUAGCUGUACCUGCAUUUAUAGGGUGUCCGGGUUUAGGGGGGAUUAUUCUCUUCUCUUCUUCCUGAGUCUCAGGAUUUGGAUUUAAAGGCCGAGCAUUAGAGAGGGAAAAAAAAACCAACAAAAUCCCACUGCAAUGAGCAUUAAAUAAACCAAAGAAAGCUCCUUUGUGUCCAGCCAGCAGAACUGACCCUUCCCGGGAUGGCCACGGACGGGCACCGUGUCCUUCUCCCUGCGGAUGGCACAGGGAUGCUCCCCUUUCCCCCUUAAUUAAAACCUCCUGCUAAUUAAGGAGGUUUUUCCCGAUGAUCAAAUCCCCUUUUCCAGCUCUCCCUGCAGUUGGGUGGGACAGGUUCCAGCCCUAAACCCGGACGGAGCCCCCGAUAAAUAGGAUUUAUCUAUAUUUAUAUCUGAUGUGUAUAUAGACUGGUAGAAUGUACAGAUAUUCCUAGAGCCACGUGUGCCUCCCAACCCAGCAACUUUAUGGGAUUUUCACUCCCACUCCCUGCAGCAGUGGAAAUAAAAUCAUUCACAAGGGACCCCGA